UUUUGCACUUCUGACGCUUUGAAUGAUAAUUGAAAAAAAUUAUAAAAGCUUUAAUUUGGGAGAAGUGUAACAAUUUUUUUUAUAAUUUUGUCUAUAGAUCAUGCCUCGUAAGUACAUACGAUCAAAUACAGCUCGACCAAGGGCCACCUGGUCGGAUGAGCAACUAAUGGAGGCUGUAGCAAAAGUACAGACAGGAGAAAUAUCUAAAAGCGAGGCACACAGGCGCUAUAAUGUACCCCCUCGUACCCUAAAAAGGAGAACAACAUCUGGCAAUUUCAAGAAGGGAAUUUUAGGCAGGGCCAAUGAAACAAGACUAGUUGCGCACAUUCAUCGUUUGUCAGUCGUUGGCUUUGCUCCAGACAGAAGAACAGUUAGAACACUUGCGUUUAGGUUUGCUGAAAAGCUAGGGAUAAAACACCCAUUUUCAGCUGCAACAGAAAAGGCAGGAUUUGCAUGGCUUCAUUCAUUCUUGGACAGAAAUCCUGAAUUGUACCUUAGGCAAACUGAGGGUCAAUCGUUGUCAAGGGCUCAGGGAAUGAAUCGAGGGGACGCUAGAAGAUUCUAUGAGUUGCUGGAUGAAGUUUUAACAAAAAAUGGUCUAAUGGAAAAGCCUUCUUGUAUAUUUAACAUGGAUGAAACAGGCGUACAACUCCAAAAUAAACCUAGUAAAGUUGUAACGAAGAAAGGUAGCAAAGAUGUACAUGUAUUAACGUCGAAGGAACGCGGAGAGAAUGCCACAGUGAUUGCUUGCUGCAGUGCAGAUGGCACGUUCAUUCCUCCAGUUCCGGAGCUUUCAGAUGGCUUGGAGCUCUUCGUUCAGUGGUUGGUAGAGCAAUUCAUACCACAUAAACCAGCCGAUGACAUGGUAGAAGGCGAUGGACCUGAAUUUACGCCAACAAAGCUUCUCCAUGAGGUGUCUCCUGUUCCUGUGCUUCCAAUUCCAUUAUUUGGCGGAAAAAAACAAGUUGCGUCGGUUUUGAAUUCGCCGCAAAAUAUUGAAAAACUGAAACAAAAGAAUAAAACACCCUACGCAAGAGCAACAAAAAACGCGGAAGGAAGGAAAAAAGAUGACCGUGCUGGAGCUGGUCCCGGCAAGAAAAUUAAUACGCAUGUGAAAAAAGAUGCUUCCAAAGCAAAAACCUGCAAUAACACCUGGAGUUCAGAUGAUGAUGAGCCCCUCGUGAAAAUGAUCAAGAAAGCCACAUCCAAUGCAAAAGUCAGCAAUAACACUUGGACUUCAGAUGAUGAUGAUGAAAUUCCCAUGAAAAGGGCCAAAAACGACGGUCAUGAUGAUAAUGAAUAUUUGUGCGUGGAGUGUUACGAACCUUACGAGCAAACUACGAAGUGGACUGGCUAA